AUGGCCCUCCCGGCCACCACCCAGCACCGCCGCCCGCCCGCCCCUCCCCGCCCCCGCACCCCCCCCCCGACCCUCCCCGCCACCGCAUGCAGCCCGCCCCUCCACCGUUCCAGGCCGCAGCGCCGCACCCUCCCCGCGGCCCUUCUGGCCACCGCGGCCGUCCCCGCCACCGCAGCCCGCCCCUGCGCCCGCCCCUCCACCGAGCCAGGCCGCGGCGCCGGCCCCUCCCCGCGGGCCUCCCCGCCACCGCGCCAUCCAUCGAGCCAGGCCCCGGCGCCCGCCCCUCCACAUGAAAAAGGAGGUUGCACAUUGCCCGGAGGAAAGGCAGAGGAGGGUGAUGCUGAUGAUGCAGCAACAUCAUUAAGGGAGGCAAAGGAGGAGAUUGGGCUUGAUCCAGCCUUGGUCACUGUCGUUUCCUCGCUUGAGCACUUCUUGCCCAAGAGCUUCCCGGGAUGGGUCACGUUGCCCGGUGAGGGCCAGGUUCCAGAGCUAGGAAUGACCUGGGAGCACUACUUGGCUGCCCUGGCCCCGCCGGGGGAGAGGAUCGGCGGUGUCGAGUGCCACACGGUGGCCGACGUUGUGAUCCAGAUGUUUUGGGUGUGCUGA